ACUCUUCUCUCAGUUUACGACCCCAUCGUGAGAUUUUACUUGAUACCGGCACUUCCCCUUCUCAUGCACUGAUCAGAAUUCAGAUAGACAACAUAGAAAGAAUCUGUUCAGUUCAUCAUACGGCUUUUGCUUGCGUCCCGGCUAUUGUAGAUCUAUAACCCUCGUCGUCCGAUUAGCCGUGUUUCUCCACGUACAUAAAUUCGGAUGCUCUGUCCCGUGGGGUAAUCGACGGGGCGUCCGCCCCAUUAACAUCGACAAUCAAAACAAUGUCUCCAUUCCGCAAACCCUAUGCUGCCUGGCGCGAACGUCAGAACGAGAAGGUCCGCAAGUUUCUCUUCUACUCUGAAAACGAAGAAGAGGCCUUGGAAUUCGAUAAUCGCAGUCGCGAUCGCCUUGAAAUCGAUGCGAUACUGUCCAGAAGUCGUGGUUCCCGGUCUGGUGAGGAGAAGAAUCCUAUUGCUUCGCGCACUUCGAGAAUUUCACAAGCGAGGAUGAAGAAAUUUGACGAAGAAGCCGAAGAAGAACAAGAACCUUCAUCCUCGACAAGUAGGACGCGCGAACUAACCCAGAGAGCCGCAGAUCUCCGCUACGAAGACCAGCCUUCGCCUACCUCUGCAACAGUUGGAGGCUCCUCUGGCAGGACCCCUAACGCAAAACCAAAUAGAGGUAAAGGCAAAUCAUCUAAAUUCCCUGCAGGAGGAGCUUUCGCCAAGAGGAAAGCAUUCCAAAACCAAAGAAGUAAGGCUUCUGUCGAGGAGUACUUGCUUCAGAAGUUGGGCAACAGUUCUGCUUCAUCGAGUUCCGAUGCGCUUGGCGGUGGAGAUGCGGAUGAUGUAGAUCCUGACGGCCCUUCAUCAGGUGAAGAGAAUCAACAACAGACAGCAACUAGACCAGGUGAAAUAAAGGCAAACAAUCCGGCAGCGUCGAGUAGUUCUAGUUCUUCCCAACAUUGGACUGCAAGAUUUUUCGCUUCUAUGGGUGGUGGAGCAACGACAACAACCGUGAAGGAAGAGGCGUCUUCUUCGGCAAGAGGACCGAGUAGUCCGUUACAACGCACAGUGGAUUUGGAUGCUGAGUUGUCGACUUCGCAAGUAGGUCACGGAAAGGAGCACGCUGCCCCCACUGCGUCAGGAGGAGCAUCUCCAAGCUCACCUUCGAGUAGAAGGCCAAGAGCGGUGUUAGAUGCGAUCGAGACGGAUCUGCCUUCGCCGCGUCAUUCGGUGCUAGGAGGAGCGAGACAAAAGGAGGAGGAUGCAGGGGAAGAGAAAAAUGAUAACAAAAAGAACAACUACGUGUUACAACGUUUUCGAAAUUCUGGACAAAAGGUGAUAGACCGGUUGCAUUUAUGGAUGCUGAAGUUGAAGUAUUUAUACACUAGCCAUUUAAGGAUUCUGAAGUUGAAGUACUUAUAUAUAUAGUUAUUCUAUGUAUUUGUGUUUGCCGAUUCUAACACACCAACAAAAACAAAAAUGUCAUCCUGCUGCAGCCAGUCUCUGUCCUGUAAUGCGGACCUUUUUCAUCUCGUGCAAGAUAAGACUUUUGACUAUCUAAGGCGAACAAGAUUGCCCUACUUGUGUUUGGUGUCAUCGGAGACGGUAUGUGGCCUGCUGAGGGGAAUUUCUGUGAGACAUUGCCGUCUCGUAAGUGUCGUCUCUUUCUGGAUCUACAACAAUGUAGUUCUGUUAAUCACUGUGGCUGGUAACUUCGAGAUAACUAGGGAACAAUAGUUUGUUACUCCCUGCUCUCCUUCCCCGCCAUCCCUCUUCAUCCCCCGAUCUCGACGACGACGACGAGAGCGCACCCCUCAACCUGCUCUCGGUUGUCCGCAAAGUGCAGCGAGAGUUGCGCAAGGGGAUCGGCGUCCGCAAUCCGAAACUAGAGCUUGUCCGCCAAGCUGCGAUGGCUGGCAAAGCUGCUAAGCAGGAAGUGAAUCAGCUAGUUUUAGGUGUGCAGAAGAAACUGGACACGCAAUGGGCAGGUGGUGUUGCGGAAGGACCAAAACAGAGUGCGACUUUUGGAAAAUUUUCGGAUUUUGCCGAGUUGGCGGAUAAGAUCAAGAACCACAUUGCAGUCGAGAAAGCCGCAGAAGGAGACGCAGAUGAAGGAAUGGAAGAGUUACGAACGCCUGAGGACCUUUAGACUUUCUAAGUAUCUAAAGUGGUCCUUCUCCUUGAUGUAGUGUUGUGUGUGAAAAGUGGUUGCUCCUGUUGCCCAGAGUAUCUGAUACGAAUCAUCUCUCCGAUUAUAAACUGAAACUGACUCUGAGAAAUGAUCUUGCGGUGUUCUUCUCAUCAUCAUUUUCUAACGCCAGGGGAAGACGACAAGUCCAGACCAGGCUCAGCAAGGCUGAGUCACGUGGAUAAGAAAGCCGUUUUCGGUUUUGUGGAGAAAAUGGUGGCCAGUCGUGUGGAGGCCUUAGAUUAAGGCUAAAAGAAAUUGAAAUCCAUCUACUUCACACGUAUCCAUCUUGGUCCCGUUUUUCAAGGGAAAAGAGGCCCACACACGUAUCCAUCUUGGUCCCGUUUUUCAAGGGAAAAGAGGCCCAAGAUGCUAUUGAGAGAGGAUGUCCCUCAGCUCUAAUUAGAGGAGAGAGAGGGCGCGAAGAUGGCCUUCGUCGAUCAAGAAACGGGUGAAGUAACUGACAGAUACAAGGCCGCGGCGUGGCGCCUGUUGCGUGGGCAUCACGCUACUGCAGCCAUACGAGAGCAAGGCGAGAAAGACCGGGCAAACAUGGCCGAAGAGGAGCAGAAGAGGGCCUAUGAGGUUGCGCAGAAGAUCUUUGAAUCGCAGGCAGGCAUGCUGGACGGCGAUGAGAAAGAAAAGAUGGACUUUUUCGAUGAAAAUGGAAAAGCAACAGCUCGCUAUAAAGCUGCCGGCAUGCAGAUGCUGAAGGGGUAUCACGCUACUGCGGCAAUCAGGGAGCAGGGCGAGAAGGACCGGGCAAACAUGGCCGAAGAGGAGCAGAAGAGGGCCUAUGAGGUCGCGCAGAAGAUCUUCGAGUCUCAGGCAGGCAUGUUGGAUGGCGAUGAGAAAGAAAAGAUGGAUUUCUUCGAUGAGAACGGAAAAGCGACCGCUCGCUAUAAGGCAGCCGGAAUGCAGAUGCUGAAGGGGUAUCACGCUACUGCAGCCAUACGCGAGCAAGGGCGCGAGGAUCGUGCCAACAUGCUGGAAGAAGAGCAGAAGAAGGCAUAUGAAGUCGCGCAGAAGAUUUUCGAAGCACAAGCCGGCCUCUUAG